UGCUUCCAACUUAUAUCCACACGCUGUGUAUAGUAGUACUGGAUGCGGAUUAGAAACAGCGCUGGAGAGGUAUUUAAUCGAAAACCGGCAGCGUAUACCGGUCAUUUCGGCAGCGCGAUGAAAUCGAAACGUUGCGCGUCGUUGCGUCUCGCCGCGUGCGCCUUACUGGUGGCGACUUUGUUCGGCAAUUGCGAUGUAAUCCGCGGGGAAGAAGUCGAAAUUGAGAAUGAGGAUUUACUGGUGCAGAGUAAAGAUGGUACUCUACGUGGUACACACAUGCAGACGAAAAAGGGGAGACUUGUGGAUGCGUUUGUUGGGGUGCCAUUUGCUGAACCACCUGUAGGAGAAUUAAGAUUUAAGGCACCAGUUCCAUAUCAUAAGUGGGAAGGUGUCCUCGACGCAACCCAACCACACGGAGUAUGUCCCCAACGUAAUAUUUACACCCGUAGUGAUAUCCUUGAAGGAUCAGAGGAUUGUCUCUUCUUAAAUGUGUAUCGUCCUUCAAAACCUAGCACAAAUGGACCUCUGCCUGUUAUGUUUUUCAUUCAUGGCGGUGGAUGGUUGGCAUGCGCAGGAAAUACUUAUUAUUACGGCCCUGAAGUUCUUUUGGACCGGGAUGUUGUCCUAGUCAUUCCUAAUUAUCGUCUUGGAGCUUUGGGUUUCCUCAGUACAGGAGACCUAGUGGUUCCUGGUAACAACGGGUUGAAAGAUCAAGCUUUGGCUUUGAAAUGGACGAAAGAUAAUGCUGAAGCGUUUGGAGGUGAUCCAGAGUCGAUUACUAUCUUUGGGGAGAGUGCAGGUGGCGCUAGUGUGCAUCUACAUAUGAUGUCUCCAUUGACCAAAGGACUUUUCAAUCGGGGGAUAUCUCAAAGUGGGACUGGGUUGUGUCUAUGGGCUUGUGGACAUAUGGACCAUGGAUGGGAACAUGCGCAGAAACUCGGGAAGUUGUUGAAUUGUCCUGUGGAGAAUUCUGAGGUUUUGGUUGAGUGUUUAAGAGGGAAAGAUGCUUUGGAGAUUGCUUCCAUGGAUGAAGAUUUUAUGUUAUGGGAUAAAGACCCAAUGAUUCCGUUUAGACCCGCAGUGGAACCAUUACACGCCGGAGCUUUUCUUACAGGAUUCCCAGCUGAUUUGAUUAAAGAAAAAGGAUUCAAUGUUCCUUGGAUGAAUGGUAUUAAUAAAGAUGAUGGCGCACUGAGAGUUUCAGCUUUGUUUGGAAUUCCGGGAUUAAUUGAAGAACUCAAUGAAAACUUUGAUUAUAACCUUGCUGUUUCCCUACAAUACCACCAAUUAGCUGAUAAUCCUUCCAAAGUAUCGCAGGAUAUCAAAAAGUUUUAUUUGAAGGGUGAAAAUGCUUCCACUUCUACCAAACAGGAAGUUAUUAAUAUUUAUACUGAUGGUUGGUUCCAUCAUGGAGUUGACCUUGCGACAUAUCUCCACAAAAAACACCUUCCGGACAUCCCUGUAUACUAUUACCUCUUUGCCCAUCGUGGUGUUGGAAGUUUUUCGGAGAUUUUCGGCGACAAAAUCAACGAUUACGGUGUUUGUCACGCUGAUGAGUUACAAUAUCUUUUCCCUGUCGGCGACGGCCUCUUCCCGGAUAAAAUCAAAGAUGAGAAAGAUUUGCGUGUCACUGACUUAAUGACAGCUUUGUGGACAAAUUUUGCACGAUACGGCAAUCCUACGCCGGAUGCUGAUGCAGAGACUCCGGUUAAAUGGGAAGCGGUCCGUGAUGCCGGCGCGAUGAAUUAUUUCCACAUUGGGGGCGAUUCGCCGCGGGAGAUGCGUAACGAAGACGGAUUGUUCAUCGAGCGCGCCGAAUUUUGGAGGGAGUUGCCCAUUAGACCAGAGGGCUACGAGCAGCGAUUGCUUGCACGUAGUAAUGCACAUCGCAAGGAAGAAUUGUAGUAGGAUUGGUACAGUGCGAGGCUUGCGAGUGCAAUUCCAUCAAUUUUGUUUUCGACGAACGAUGUACGACAACGACGACGACGACGGAUGUUAUUGCGUUAUGCUGGCGGGGCGUUCAUGGUCCAUUGCACACUUCAUUGCGAUUGCAGUUUAUUUGAUUGAUUUUUGUUUGUUUUUCGUGCAUUUUUGGCUGUACAUCAAAUAAAUCCAUCUAUAUUUUUA